GCCCCGCCGGAUGCCAGAGCCUGUCGGUAACCCCACCUCAGCGCCGGUUGCUGCCCCGGGUCAGCCGAACCCCGCUUUUUCUGGCCCCAGCCCCGACAUGGGCGACCUGGAGCUGCUGCUGCCUGGGGAGGCUGACGUGUUGGUGCGGGGACUUCGUAGCUUCCCGCUGCUCGACAUAGGCUCCGAAGGGUGGAACCAGCAGCAUGAGAACCUGGAGAAGCUGAACAUGCAGGCCAUCCUUGACGCUACGGCCAGCCAGGGUGAGCCCAUCCAGGAGCUGCUGGUCACCCAUGGGAAGAUCCCGACGCUGGUGGGGGAGCUGAUUGCAGUGGAGAUGUGGAAGCAGAAGGUGUUCCCUGUGCUGUGCAAACUGGAGGACUUCAAGCCCCAGAACACUUUCCCCAUAUAUAUGGUGGUACACCAUGAGGCUUCCAUCAUCAAUCUCCUGGAGACCGUAUUCUUCCAUAAGGAGGUGUGCGAGUCAGCAGAGGAUACCGUCUUGGAUCUGGUGGACUACUGCCACCGCAAACUGACACUGUUGGUGGCCCGGAGUGGCCAUGGUGGCCCCCCUGAGGAGGAGGAGUUCCAGUAUAACACCCCCAUGAAGGAGCUCCAGAAGCAGGCAGAGCUGAUGGAAUUUGAGAUCGCGCUGAAGGCACUCUCAGUGCUCCGCUACAUCACUGAUUGUGUGGACAGCCUUUCCCUGAGCACCCUGAGCCGCAUGCUCAGCACCCACAACUUGCCCUGCCUCCUGGUGGAACUGCUGGAGCACAGUCCCUGGAGUCGGAAGGAUGGAGGCAAGCUGCAGCAAUUUGAGGGGGGCCAUUGGCAAACAGUGGCCCCUUCAGAGCAGCAAAAGAUGAGCAAGUUGGACGGGCAGGUGUGGAUUGCCCUGUACAACCUGCUGCUGAGUCCCGAGGCCCGGGCCCGCUACUGCCUCACAAGCUUUGCCAAAGGACAGCUACUCAAGCUUCGGGCCUUCCUCACAGAUAUAUUGCUCGACCAGCUGCCCAACCUGGUAGACCUGCAGGGUUUCCUGGCCCAGCUGGCCCUGGCCGAACCCCAGCCCCCUAAGAAGGACCUGGUAUUUGAACAGAUUCCAGAAAUCUGGGAGCGGCUAGAGCGAGAGAACAAAGGCAAGUGGAAGGCUAUUGCCAAGCAUCAGCUGCGGCAUGUAUUCAGCCCCUCAGAGCAGGACCUCCGGCUGCAGGCACGAAGGUGGGCUGAGACCUACAGGCUGGAUGUGCUAGAGGCAGUGGCUCCAGAGCGGCCCCGCUGUGCCUACUGCGGUGCAGAGGCCUCCAAACGCUGCUCACGAUGCCAAAAUGAGUGGUAUUGUUGCAGGGAGUGCCAAGUCAAGCACUGGGAGAAGCAUGGAAAGGUUUGUGUCCUGGCAGCCCAGGGUGACAGAGCGAAGUGAAGGCUGCAGCUGCUGAGGGCUGACCACCAAUGCCAUACCACCCAGCUAGAAGGUGCCUCUGAACCUCAGGAUUUCAACCUGGCCUCUGCAAGAGCCCCAGCCUCCCAGGUGGUGAGGAGAGCUGGUAGGGUGGAGCUGCUGUCCCAUCUCCUCCAACAAAGCGCUCCCCACUUCCUGCCCCACCCAGCGGGCAUGCUUAGGGCGCUGCUGCCUCAGCUGGGGCAGGCUGGGGCAAGGGCGAGGGCCGGAUGUGGGGACCCUCUUCCUCUUGCAGUGUAAAGCUGGUCUCCAGAAAUACGCCUGUCUCCCGCGUGGUCCUUUGCCCUCCUCGCCGUUGUCCUGAGGG